AUGCGUCGUCCUCUUGCAUCUGCACCCACCACGAGAUUGAUUGCUGUUUCAAGACAUAUGACAACUGCUUCUCCACCUGGCGAUUCCAGCAGCGCCCCUGAUAGACGGGAUAACGUAUUUCCAGACGAGACUCCCGUCCUCUUUGAGUCUGCAUACUCUUCCCGGACGUUCAUACUCAAUCAGCCAAAAACUCUCAAUGCUCUUGACCAAGGGAUGAUCAAUCUUAUAUCACCAAAGAUUAAGGAGUGGGACAAUUCAAACCUGUGUAAGAUGAUCAUCAGUAAAGGAAUCGGAAGAGCGUAUUGUGCCGGCGGUGAAGUUAAAACCAUUGUCAAGUAUGCUGCAAACGAGAAAACAAGACAGAGGGCACUAGACUACUUUAAGAGCGAAUUCCAACUAGACUAUGAUUUAGCAACACUGCAGAAGCCCUAUAUCUCCGUGAUGGAGGGUAUAACUAUGGGCGGUGGCGUCGGACUCUCAGCGUAUGCUCGAUUUCGCAUCGCAACACCUUCAACCCUCUUCGCCAUGCCUGAAACCAAGAUAGGAUAUGCUCCCGACGUCGGAACAACAUAUAUCCUCUCCCGUCCUCGCCUCGACGGCGAAAUAGGGACUUAUCUUGCUCUAACGGGAGAAACUAUCAAAGGCUAUGAAGUUUUCCGACUCGGCCUGGCAACUCAUUACGUCGAUUCUAGCAUUAUACCAAGUUUACUCGAACGAUUGGGAGGAUUGGAGGAGCCCAAUGACAAGGUUAUCAAUGAAACUAUUGAAGAGUUUAGUUUGGAUGUAGACGCGGAAAGGGAGAAGGAAAUGGGAGUGGAUCAGCUUAUGAUCAGUACAGGAGCUGUUCGAGUCGCACUGGAUUUAGCAUUCGGGGUGAAGGAUAUUGAGGGUGUUUUCGAUACACUGAGAAAAUUUUCGAAUGGUGCGUUUUCUGGAAAUACGGAGGAUAAGGAGAAGGUCAGUAAGUGGGCGAAGGAGACACUGGAAGUGUUGAACAUGAGGAGCCCAACGAGUUUGAGGGUUGCAUUUGAGGCUGUUAGGAGGGCAAGCAGAGAGGAUUGGAGGCUAAGCGAUUCACUGCAGAUGGAAUUGGGAAUUGCCAACGCAUUUUGCUCGGGCGGCUCACCUGACUUUAUCACAGGCGUGACAGCCGUUCUCUUUGAAAAAUCCAAAUCCCGACCAAACUGGUCUCCCUCCACCCUCCCCGAAAUUUCUCAGUCCCAGAUCAUCUCGACUUUUUUUGACCCUACCUCUCCAUACGUCUCAAACGCGCCGCGUCUUCAAACUCCACGUACAUCCGUCCAAAUCAGCCUCUCCCAUUACGCUCUGCCGACCGAAAGUGAAAUCAGGGCGCUUGUUAUGAGCGACAACGGCGGAGAGAAUGCAUUAACGAGAGAGGAGGUUGUGGAGCGGCUUGAAGUUAAUAAAAGUGGGAAGAAGGGGGUCAGAGCCAAGGUGGGGGAGGUCAUCGACAGACAGUGCGAAACUUUCCAAGGAGAGUACCUCAGAUGGAAGACAUGGCAGUAG